UAUUAUUACAAAUGUUGCACUUUAACGAUAAUAAUACAGCAAGUGACGAUCCUUUAGCAAAAAUACGACCAGUAAUCGAUAAAUUAAAGAUUUCCUUUUUGCAGUCAUUUGCACAUUAUGAAAAUCUAUGCGUCGACGAAAGUCUUUUGUUGUACAAGGGCAGAUGUUAUUUUAAACAGUUUAUACCAUCCAAGAGAAAAAACAAACAUUAGUAGAAGUAACACAGCCAUUGGAAUCUCUGGAGAUGUUGUGAUGACGCUGCUUCAGCCAUAUCUUGGAAAGGGCCAUACACUAAUUACGGAUAAUUGGUACACGAGUCUACGUUUAUAUACCUUAUUACACGAAAACAAAACCAACGCAUUUGGAACCGUUCGUAAAAAUAGGAGAGAUAUGCCCCACAUGGAAGAAAAGUUGAAGAGAGGAGAAAUGUGCUACCGAUCGACUGGCAUUUUAUUGGCAAUGAAAUGACAUGAUAAAAAGGGGGUUUGGAUGUUGUCUUCCGCACAUGCUGCUGCAUUGAUUGAAUCUGAGAAAAGGGAUUAUCGUACAGGAUUAUAUAAGAAAAAACCAUCAUGUAUUGCCGACUAUAAUUCCAACAUGGGUGCUGUAGAUAGAGUUGAUAUGAUUUUGAGUACACUUAAUUCCCUAAGGAAGACUAUAAAGUGGUACAAAAAAUUAUUUUUCCACUUGUUACAUUUAACUAUAUAUAAUGCAUAUAUUUUAUAUCAAAAAUCUACUGCUUUGAAACAAAAA